GCUUAGGAUGAGCAAUGACAUUUCGGACAGGGUAGAUUGAUGAAGGUGAAUACCCUAAGCAGGUGAAUUUGGUCAAGUCAGCAAAAUCUGAGUAUAGAUCCUUUUGAGGGUUGGAAGCCAGGCAACGUCGUGGUAAACUUAAGUCUUCGGAUAAAGCCGUAGUGCUUGAAAUAGAUCUCAUCACUAGAACCAAAUGGCCAAUGAUGUGUUGGAAUCUGUGUCACCAAACGACGAAUUUGAUGUAGAUAUUAGACAACAGGAUGAGUAUUAUCAACUGGAGAAGACAUCUGGCUGUUUAGGUGGAUUGUUAUCAAGUAGUACCUGUAUUGAAAUCAGACAACUGUUUACUCUUGCAUGGCCCACUGUGUUUUCUUACUUUUUCUACCAUCUGAUUUCCAUGAUAACCCUGUUUUUUGCGGGACGUCUUGGAGAGGUUGAACUAGCAGCAGGAACAUUAGCUAUUUCAUUCAUAAAUGUCACGGGACCAUCUUUGUUCACUGGUUUGUCUUCCGCUUUGGAGACAUUAGGCUCACAAGCUGUUGGAGCCAAGAACUAUCGCAUGGCAGGCAUUGCACUUCAGAGAGGGGUUUGGAUAUUGGGUAUUGCAUGUAUAUUAACCUGCGCCCUCUGGAUCAAUGCUGAACAACUGUUGUUGAUGGUAGGCCAGAAGAGAAAUGUUGUCCACCUGACACAGGAGUUUGCCCUGAUAUGCAUUCCUGCUUCAAUAGCCAUCUUCAUGUUCUUUCUGUUACAAAGAUAUCUUCAGACCCAGGGUGUUGUCAAACCAAUCCUUUAUGUUGGCGCUGUCUCCAAUGCUAUUCAAAUUGGUAUAAAUGCAUUGAUGGUGUAUGUCCUCAAAUGGGGUUUCAGAGGGAUUGCCAUCUGCUGGUCAUUUACCAAUGUGAUCAUAUUUUUGUUGACAUUUGCUUACAUGAGGGUUUUUAAGUUGGAUGAAAAAACAUGGCCAGGUACUAAAAACACACCUAGGCUGGACCACAGAAAGUCUGUUAGACUGGGGACAGUUUAUCAAGCUUGCUGUGGCUGGAAUGGUGAUGAUUUGGAUUGAGUGGUGGAGUUUUGAAAUAGGAUCAUUUCUUGCAGGUAUUUGGUUAAAUGGUCUUAAAUAUAUAAAACAACAGGAAGUUAUUUGUAGAUGCUUCAGUGCGAAUUUGGGAAAUUUUCUACCUUUUAUGCCUUUUGAUAUGAAAUUGUUGCAAUUUUAUCCAAACCCUGGUUCAUACUUAAUUUCUGUACAAUGAAAUUCAUGAAAUGUCAGAGGCCUAUGAGUUAACAAAAUUGACAGCAAGCAAAACCUUUGCCAAGCAGACCCCAUUUUUUAGUGGACACACUGUCCUACAUAAAUUCCAGCCUAAGGACAAAAAGUUAUCCUCUCCUAUGUACUUUAAAGUGAACCAGAAUUAAGCAGACACACUCCUGUCUCUGCCCAUUAUUAGGUACACUUAGUCUAGUUUACCUGAAAAAGACGACAGAUCUUUUGCCACAAUUUGCUUUGUUUCAAGCUAUGAAGUAGCCUUUAAGAAAAGCAUUAGUACUCCUUCACAUUUUGAUUUUAUGUCAUUAAAACAAAACUUAGCAAAACGAAAAGGCCUUCUAGAGCGAAGAAAAAUAACACAACAACCUGAUGAGAGCUUCAAGCAUCUGAU